AUGUCAAAGUCAUUCCUCUUCGGUAUAGCCUGCGCUGCUGUCGCAAGAGCACGGAUUUCUGUUCCCACUGCUUCCGUGGCACCUGCUGCUGAAACCGUCACUGCCACCUCCACCCCAGCCAACGUGCCACUCUUCAAUCGAGAGACCGUCCAACUGACAGACAAUGUCGUUGCCGAACUUCAAAGCAAUCCUGAUGUUGCGGCAUUGGCUUCACUUUUCGAGUUUGGUGAUGCGGACACCACCUCAGCUGCGCGCACUCGCCGAGCUCACAGUGCACAGCGCUGCAAAACAAUGCCAGGAGAUGCUCUUUACCCAAGCAAGUCUGUCUGGGCGCUGAUCGAUCUGCUACUUGGAGGCGCUCUCGAGCCUGUUGUGCCCAUAGCAUCGCCAUGCUAUCCAAACUCGACUUACAAUAACUACGAUGCCGAGAGCUAUGAUGAUAACGGAGCUUUGAUGAAUGUCUUGUACUACGGUAUGACAUGCCCAAUUCCAGCGUCAGGCGUUGUUGCCAAUGGCACUUGCACUCAGGGUGGAAUCGCAGAGUAUGCUGUGAAAAUCAGGAACGUCGCCCAAAUUCAGCUGGCCGUCAAUUUGGCUCGCUCGCUGAAUCUGCGACUCACCAUCCGCAAUACUGGACAUGACUACAACGGUCGAUCGGUCGGCAAGGGUGCCCUCAGUAUCUGGACCCAUGGACUGAAGGAGAUUCACUACAUCCAAGGCUACACGAGCUCGGCCUAUUCUGGCCCUGUGUUCAAAGUUGGCGCCGGCACCGUGGGCAUCUUCGGUGGUUACUCGACAGGCGGUGGGCACAGCCCUUUAAUGCAGCUUUUCGGUACUGGCGCGGACCAGAUUGUGGCGCUCGAAAUCGUGCUUGCUAAUGGACGCUUUGUCACUGCUACCGAGUCAGUAAACAGCGACCUGUUUUGGGCCAUGCUCGGUGGCGGCGGUGGUACCUUUGGCAUCAUCUCCUCCGCUGUCGUCAAAGUGCAUCCCAAGAUUCCUGUGACGACCUCAUCCUGGACUGUGACGACUUCCGAGACGGUCUCUGUUGAGGCUUUCUGGGAGCUGUUGAGGUUCUACUGGGACAACUUUCCAGUAUAUAAUGGUAACAAGACCUACUCGUGGGGUAACGUCAUGAAGUAUGCUCCCAGUAGCUAUAUGUGGACCAUGUCUCCCUUCUUCGCUACCAAUAAGACCAUCGAAGAAUACGAGGCGCUGGUCGCACCGCUUUCCCAGAAGGCUGCCGAACUUAACAUCACGCUCGCACCCAACACCACGUAUCACGACACCAUGUACUCUGCCUACCAGGCCACAUUUGCCACCUACGACUAUCACAUCGGAGGGGCUGGUGCUAUUCAAGGCAACCGCUUCAUCCCUACAAAGAAUUGGGCGGAUGAAACUAUCCGCAACAAGACGUUUACAGCUUUGCGGAACGCAGUCGACAAGGCCACGAUAUUGGUCUGGUACCACCAGCACGCGGCUGAUGAGUACGACUUGGGCGUCAAUGCCGUCAACCCAGCUUUUCGUAAUCUGCAGUCUCAGUUCGUCGUUGUCAAUGCUGUCGCCAGCCAGACUGCUGCCGGUUGGAGGGCGGCCGAUGAUCAGCUGAAUAGCGAGAUCAUGCCUCCGCUUCGUGAGGUAACACCGGGCGGCGGCGCGUAUGGAAACGAAGCGCAAAUUGGCGAGCCUGAUUGGCAAUGGUCUUUCUUUGGCGAUAACUACCCAAGACUGCUGGAGCUGAAACAGAGCUUUGAUCCCACUGAGUUGUUCUACGUUCACCACGGCGUGGGCAGUGAGGGUUGGAGGGUCGAGGAUAACGGUAUCAUAGGUGUCCAGUCGACUAAUGGGCCUCUAUGCCGUGUCUGAUGCGUCAGAGGCUGUACUAUUCUCACACAAGAUCAACACAGAAGAGUUAAUGCAGUAAUGCAAUAGCAUGCUCGAAGCAAACUUGAGGACGUCCACGUGUGCCUGUCUAUGCAGCUGACGCGUUAGCAGUGCGUCUACAAAACUUGCGACUUCCAACUCAUAGUGGGGAACAGAGGCAUCAGACUCGAGAUGCA